AUGAAGGGCUCCGGCCUCUUCUCCAUCUUCUCAUCCUUUCUCCUUUUCUGUAUAGCCUUUUCGUCGGCUUGGCCAUGGCCAGGGUCUUUUGGCAAUCAUGAGGUUGAUGCGUUGAUUCUGCGGCGACAAGGGCAAAGACAGUCAGACACUGCGGCUGCCUCAACGGCGGCUGCUUCAGCAUCAGGAACUGCUGCUGCGUCUGCGUCUGCGUCUGCUUCUGCGUCUGCUUCUGCUUCGGCCUCUGCAUCGGCAUCCGCAUCCGCGUCCGCCUCGGGGUCAGCCUCUGCCUCAGCAUCGGCUUCGGCUUCUGAAUCGAAAUCAGAGAAAAAGACUACCUCAAAAUCCAAGAGCGGGACAAAAACAACCAGCACCAAAACAACAGCCAUCGACCCUCGUCUGCCUCCGGGCGGCAUCUCUAUGAUCACACCUGCGGCAAUCGACGGUGUUCAGUACUAUAAAGUGGGCGAAUAUGUUACAUUCAAGUGGAACUACACGUCUCUUUCCGUCACGCCUUCGGCCAUCGAUGUCCUAGCAUCCUGCUCUAUGAACUCGGCCACAUAUACCAUUGCGGCGAAUAUGUCUGUGGAAGAGACAGGGGCUGUGACUUGGGAUACUGGCGACUAUCAAGCCACGGCCACAAACCCUUUCCCAGUGGCAAGUUAUACCUUGAUCGUACACGACGCGAGCAAAGAUAUCACGGAUGUGCCAUCCGCCGGCUACUUGGGCGCAUACCAGCAGUAUGUCUUUGGGAUGUAUACCGGACAACCCUAUACUCCGCUGAACGAGUUCAAGUGCGCAACCUGUAGUGGCGCACUCUCUAUCCAUGAAAAGCAAGCCAUGGGUGUUGUGUUGAUGACUGCAGCAAUCACCAUCAUGUCGUUUACCUGGUUUGCCUCCGGGUUUGGGGUCUUUUCAUGA